AUGUUCAUGCUAGAACGUGUCGGGGCCGGACCGUGCCGGAGCCGGGAAACAAUAUCCAUCGACAUUUCAACGCCGAGCUACGGAGGAAUAAUAUUAGGACAUGCGCAGUACACGCUUCAGGCGGUACCUUUUAAUAUAGCGUGGAGUAACCAGUGGGGACUCGAGUUUGCAACUCGUAUCGUACGUCCCGCGGUUUCCCAGCGCGUAUCUUCUGAGUCGUCGUUCAAUCGUGAAUCUGCCAAGGCGUCGUCUAAGAAGGAAGUCAUAGUUGUGCAUUCUGAAACGAUCGAAUACAGUAAUGGCUUAAAUACAUUCAAAGCUGAAUUGGAAGAGGAAGUCGAUAUUAUAGACCUCGGAGCACCGAGGGGGAUCCGAAGUGUGCCUCCAGAACGCGUGAGCAGCAAACCCGCGCGGGUCGCUUCAACCUACACUCCUAAUCCGAGAUUGUAUCCUGGGCCCCAGGCGAAAUUUAAAAAAGUGAAGAGAGACCGCGCAACGGAGACCAAGCCAGCUGAGCCCAAGGACAGCCAACAGUCAAAGCGCAAGCGGUUCUUCCGCCGGCCCGUGCCCAACGCGCGGCUGUACAGGCCGGGACCGCCUCCGCCGAAGCCGAUCUCCAAGCAAGCUCGCGUGACCUGGACUGCCGUGAGCGCUGGACGAGCAUUAGACACAGCAUCUUGUGCUGCUCUGCGUCUGGUUGAAGAGCGGGUGGGGUCAGCGCGCUCACCGGGCCGGGGGCUCGUCGUCCGUCUGCCGGGAGGCGGCAUGGAAACCACCAACAGACAUUCCACCAGCCCUGAAGACUGCUCCGACGGUAACGAGACCAUGUCGGCGCCCAGCGAGUUUCUUGCCGAGUUUCUGUCUGCAAUAAUGCGUCGAGAGUACGCCGAGGCGCUGAAGUACUGCAAGCUGAUCCUGCAGUACGAGCCGCACAACGCCACCGCGCGCGGCUUCUACCCGCUGCUGCAAAACAAGCUGGAUGCACAACAGAAAGCUGAAGAAGUUGAGCGACGGGACAGCUCCAGUGAGUCGGCGAGCGAGGCGCGGCGGCUGCGCACCAAGCACGAACCGGAGGAAGCGAUGGAGCAGGACCCGGACGGCUCGUGGAGCUCCGGACGUAGCUCAGCCUCGGAGCUGGACCUGGACUCUUCGUCGGCCUCCGCCUCGCCAUCACGCAGCCUCACCAUCAGCCGGCACACGGACAGUGGAUCUGGUACAUCAGCAGCCCCAUCUGGCUCCAGCGCCACGGACACGGACGACAACGGCAACAUACAGCCCCCCACCACAGCACACACAUAUCACUCCUCGGAUGACGUCGAGAACGAUAACACAGCCGCCGCCGGAGAGCCCCAGCACUUGAUCAAGGAAUCCUCUUCGUUACGGCGACUCCGCGCACAGUUCGCGUGCUCCAUCAAAUAACUCAUGUUCUACCGUCAUUUACUGUACCUCACUAUGGUCUUCGACCAUAGGCUCACCUUUGUAAUUAGCUUCCUCUAAGGUAUUACUACUUUAGUGAAAGGCUAAAAAAUAUAUAAUUGUCUGUGGACGUUUAUUUAAAUAAUUUACAAAGUUUGAGGCCUAAUGAAAAAUACGUUUUGAACAUCACUUAAUUAGUAUUGAGAAAAAAAAAGUUCAUUCGUUUUUUAUGUAACAGAACUAUUAUUAAUUUUGUAACUAAAUCGUAAAUAAAUUGUAAUAUUUAUACGAAAAAAUUAUUUGAGUGAUUCUUUAUUUUGUUGAAUUCGCAUUGUCGUACGUGAUCGCGUGUUAUCUUCAUAUUAAGCAGGGCUCGAGGUAAAGAUCAAACCGUUUUAAUGCAAUUUUCCGGCUGUCUCAUAAGCCGUUGCCAGCCGUGACAAUGACAUCACAAUCGAACUACGCAAUGUUGCGCUGUCACAUGUCAAGAAGUUUUAUUAAAAAUUUGAAAUCAAUAAAUACUUAAAUAUAAUAACUAUGAUUAAAUAGUUUUCAGUAAUUUAGCUGUAGUUUUGUUUCACCUUGAAUGAUUUUGUGUCGACUGCAUUCAAAAUAGUUUUGUUAGCGAUACACGUCGCCUUAGGACCAAACUGUAGAGCAUAUCUAAAAUAAUCGUACCUAUCGUUGUUAGAUGUUAAUUAAGUAUCGUGUCGGUGUUGUUUACUCUAAAACUUUGUCGAAGACAUUUGUAUGUUGUUCUUUAAGAUAUAUCUUGUUGCAAAGCUAAAAAGUAUUUCGAUGUUUAGAUUUCUCUGUGAAACUAAACUUUUCCGUUCCGUUCCGUGUUUAUGAAGCGUUUGCCUGUUUGUUUUUAGGUUUUGUAUGGACUUUAAAUUAAAAUAAAUAAUUUACCUUUUUUAUUAUAAACAAGUAGGUAUAUACCUACCUACCUACAUUAAACAAAUAAUUCCAGUAUUCUGAAUUGUGCAGUUUAGCAAUUUUUUUUGUUAGUUUUUUUAACCAUUACUUUAUUUGUUGAUGAUUAAGUCUCCUUUUCAGACUUUAAAUUAUUUUAGAACGCAAUACUCUUCUUUUUCGGCCGCGUCCUAAUAUGGCUUUUAUACAUGACACAAAGUAUCUUCUAGGUUCAGUGUCCAACAAAUAAUUGCUCAUCGUUCGAAAUAGUACGAAUAAUAACCCUGUAAAUCAUAGUUUUCAACUAAAGUUCUGCACGCCAAAUUUUUUGGGCACAUGGCAACCUCGUCGCAUAUCGCUUUAUUACACUACAAAUGACCGGAAACAUGACAGAUCGUUCAUGCUUUUCUAAUGACCCCGUUAGAAAUAAUGUUUUCGUACAACCACGAACAAAACUUUAUACUUUAAACAUCCGACCAUAACUAUUUAUUUAUACUUAACUUAGAAAAUUAAUAUUGUUUUCGAAUAAUUAUUCCGUUUCGACGAAACCAAAUUACAUACUUUUUGUCUGUGGAAACAGUGUCAGCUUGCGACAAAAAGAGCAUUAUAGACUUAAUAUUUAUGGACAUUAGUAAGUAGUCUAAUAACAUUUUGAAAAAGAGGCCUCGCUGAACUGAUGACGACGUGAUGUGGUAUGUAAAGUUUGAAAUGCAACAAAAUUUAAAGAGAUUCUUCACAGCGUAUAUGAAAACAUAAAAAAAAUACGUCCGAGUAUCUAUAUAAAAAUAAAAAUAGCAUCAAUAAAUAAGACACGUUGUACUUCAAACUCACCAUUCUAAUAAUGCCAAAAUUCUCGUCCUAAGUAAUCGUCCUGUCGCAUGUCGGCCUAGUAUUGCGGACCCCUAUAUGUAAUUAAUGUUUAUAAAUAUGUUUUUAACUUUUUAUCGAUAUGUGUACAAGUAGUUUUCUUUAUCGUUCGUAUGAGCUGUGUGCAACGAGAAGACUGAAUGAAGUGUCGACGUACUGUCUGUUUUCUAAUGUUUUCGUGUGAUGUUAUCUGUUUAGAUAAUUAUAUACCUACUACGUUAUUUGACGCUGCACAGAUGUCUAAACAAUUUGUUAAAUUAUAUAUUUGGGGAUGGUAAGCUUUUUUAACUGAUACCUACUGCAAAACCAAUGGAAAAAUAUUUUAACUUAUUAAUACCUAUGUAAUUUAAAACGUCAAAAUAAUUAGCUGUCAAGAUUAGCGCGCCAUUUAUUUACCCUGCUAAACUAUUCAAAAAGUUUAUGGCGCAUAUUGAUAACACGAUACUACACAAGUUUUAGUCUGCCAAAUACUUCAUACUUCGUUUAUCGUAUUAUAAAAUUCGCGUAAGAGAUUACGAAGCUUUUCGUACAAAUAUGUUGGGUAAUGUCCGGCCGGAGUACAUCAAGAUAAUAGAACAGUCUAACCAUUCAAAGUGUCAGGGCAACAAUGUCGAAUGAUUAAUUUGCAAUCCUCAGUGUUUAAUUAAAUUUUUGCGUAUUGCAUUUAGAGAGCUUUGACUUUUAUUGUUCGCGAAAAACAAAUUGUUACUCAUCCGUCUGCUGGGUACUAAUAAGAACGUAUCGAUUGUACAGUAAUUCCAUCUUCCCCUGCUAAUGAAAUAUAAUAGUUAAAAGUGAUAAUGUGCAAGUUCCUCACGGCCAUAGGAAGAUCCGGAGAUCAAUUCUCUACUGAGACACUACUAAUCCACGCUUAUUGUUAUUGGAUACCGCCACCUAAGUCUCCUAAACCUAACUAAAGUAUACGAGGAAUCUUUAUGUAGUACCUACUGCGUCCUCGCUUUGUCCGGGUUUUCCUGGCUAACAGAAGCUCUCGCCACGACCAGCCUGUACGCCGGAGUGAGGGGGAGAACUAUGACCCUAGCCCAAUUUCGUUUAAAAUACACUAAAUACCAGUAACCUACACAUAUCUAAACAUACACGUAGCACUUUAAAGCAGUAUUACAACUUUGAUAAUAAUAUGUGUGUACAAUAUUUAUAAUUACACUAGUCGUAUGUGAAUUUUGUGGAUUCAUCUUUGAGAGUUCAUUCACCUUUAUAAUUACCAUAUUUCGUGGCGCUCUCUCAUAAUCAAAAUAGAUGUUUCUCAUAAUAGAUGUUCAUUGAUUUUUUUAUCGCUCCAAAUCUAAGUCUUUAUUCAAAGCUUGGAGAUCUAUUAUUUAUUUAUUUGCCUAUCUUUAUGCAAAAAUAAUAGUAUUGACAUAAUUUUUCGAGUGGCAAGAAUGCAAACAGUAUGUCAUGUCUUUCAUCGAAUUUGUAAUUACUUAUUAGAUAAUGGUUAAAAAAGAUUUUGAUAAUUUUCCUUCAGUUUUGGCGUCUGAUUGAAUUGUUAAGUGUGAAUUUUUAAUAUAAAAUACUUAUACAUAUAAAAUUGUGUAGAGUUAGUUUUAAAAUUAUAUACCGAGUAGUUAAUAAAAAUGCGUUUGUUAAAAUAUAUUAUUAAUUGUAUGUACUUGUGUUAUCAUUUCUGAUGUUUGUAUGUAUUCGAGGAUGUGUAUUAUUAAAAUGUAUUUUGGUAUGGAAAUAGAAAUAAAUUAUAUGUCUGAU